CCUGAUCUCACUAAGAAAAUGGUUUCAGUUUUAUAUUUCCAGAACCUCACAGAAAAUGCCGACACCGAAUACAUUAAAACUGCGUUGAGCGUCAAUACGGAAUUGAAAGAUGACAUGUUUCUUUUUUGCCGUUCUGAAUUAAAAAUAAGAAAUCCAUUUCUAUUAGCAAUUUUCACAAAUCAACUGUGCGGAUUAUUUAAAAUGUCUGAUUCCGUUGUUAACACUAAUUAUAAUUAUUUGAAUCAUAAUGAUUUGCUAGGCUUAAGUAAAUGCCCUUACCAAUUAACCCUUUCUAUUGAAGAAUUAACCAAACCAUUUGUAAAAAAUUGUGACGAAUCUGAUAAACCACCACGACCACAAAGCAGCUGGAUAAUUUUUCGAAGAGAUUAUGAAGCGCAUUUACGUUUAUGCUAUCAACACGUCAAACCAAAAGUCAAAGAAACAGCAAAAGAAUGCAGUUUAAAGUGGCGAAAGCUACCAAGCGAGGUUAAGCAUUUAUUCAAAAUAUUAGAGAAGGUAGCUUGUGAGAACCACCAAAACUUAUAUCCUAAUUAUAAGUAUAAGCCAAAAAACACGAAAGAUACAACCAAUAAGAAAUGGAUUUUUCGCGAACAAAAGAAAUAUGCGUUUGCUCCGCUACCCAUGUCUAGCUCGCCCACUUUAAGAAAUGAAAUCUUGAAUAAUACAGCAUCAAUAAUUGAAUGUAGUCGUACUGUUAUCACCACUUCAACAAUUAUUGAUAAUACUUAUCCUUUUAUGAUCAAUACUAAUAUUAAUGCUACUGCUACUGCUGUUGUCGUUGAUGAUUAUAUUACGAAUAUUUAUGAAGCUCCUAUCAAUGAGUCGAUAAUCAUGAUAAUGUCUCUCAACAAUUCUUCAUCGCUAAACCAAUUCUUCACUAAUAAUCCAAUAACGUCAUCAAUAUCUUUAUCCUUGUCAGAAUCACUCUCACAAUUAUUUAUUCCAGAAUAUGCUUAUUAA